CAAGGGACGAAGAGACUCUGCAGCUGCCUGCUUGAAUGUGCAUUCUGGGGGGAUGCGGUGUUUAGUGCUUUAAAUAUAUAUUUUUAAAUUAAAGGACUCACUUGAGCUAAUUCUUGUCGGACGUUAUUAUUUUCCGAAAUACAACAGAAGAAACUGAGUAAAAAGGUACAUUGAGAACGCUGGUUAAGAGGAGUGACACUAAAUUCACUACUAAUUGCUGUAUCUCUUUCACUGGAAGAGAUUGCCCAGAAAGACUACAAUGUCAGAACAGCAGAGGCAGCGAUCUCUAUCCACUUCUGGAGAAACAUUAUAUUAUGUACUGGGGGUUGACAAAAAUGCAUCUGUGGAUGACAUUAAAAAAUCAUAUAGGAAACUUGCACUGAAAUAUCACCCUGACAAAAACCCUGAUAAUCCAGAAGCAGCAGAUAAAUUUAAAGAGAUCAACAAUGCCCAUGCAAUUCUAAAUGACCCCACAAAGCGUAAUAUUUAUGAUAAAUAUGGCUCUCUGGGACUAUAUGUUGCUGAACAGUUUGGUGAAGAGAAUGUAAACACUUACUUCGUCCUUUCUAGCUGGUGGGCAAAGGCUCUCUUCGUGUUCUGUGGCCUAAUAACAGGCUGCUACUUCUGCUGCUGUCUCUGCUGUUGUUGUAACUGCUGCUGUGGAAAGUGUAAACCCAAACCACCUGAGGGAGAGGAACAUGAAUUCUAUGUCUCCCCUGAAGAUCUGGAGGCACAGUUACAGUCUGAUGAAAGGGAGGGGGACACGCCAAUUGUAAUGCAGCCAUCAUCAGCCACAGAAACGACCCAGUUGACAGCCGACAGCCACCCCAGCUACCAUACUGACACAGGAUUUAACUAGGUCUUCCAGUUCUACACUGUAACUUCACACCACACAGUUUUAAGGGAAACAAACAAAAAAUAGUAAUUUUAAUCACUGGAUAAACAAUACCCAAAUGAGGGAACAGGGGAGAUAAAAAUGAACAUUUACAAAAAUAUGUACUGCUGUCAUAGCAGACCAAUUUAAAAGCUUGGUACAUUUUUGUUUUGCCUUUAAUUUGAAUUUUUCCAUAUCUUUUCCACGGCAUUAAUGUUCUGUAGCAUGUCUUAUUAAAUACAGUUUAGUUAUAUUUAAAUUUUAAGCAUUAGUCAUCACCCUCAUCUGAUUUAAUUAAAAAAACCCUGUGGUGUCUGUCAGAGUUUUAACCAUCUAUGCACUGGACGUUCUGUAUGUCAUUUUUCAUCAUUCACAUGUUAAAAUAUGUUUCAAUGUGUUUACGUAUCCCCUGACAUCUUUACCGUUUGUCAUGUUUUAUGUGUGAAUCUGAGUUAUUAUUGAAUUUGUAAGAAACACCAAGGAUUGCCACAACAGCAAAAAAUAACCCUUGGCUAAACACUGUACAAUCUGUUACCUAUCCCUAGCUCUGUACAAUCCAAAUGUUUAAAUAUUCCAAACAAAUCAAA